AUGAGACGACGAACAGAACCAGAGGCUGCUAAGCGUGGGGGGAAGCAGUCCACUACCAGACAGCAGCAUGCAUCCGAAGCUUCUUUGCCUAAUCGCUCUGCUUUUUUGAGGUUGUGCAGGCGCAGGAUUUGUGGAACGAGUUUUCCGCUGCAAUGUCAGAUGAUAAAUCGGAAGCAAACUGCCAAUUGCAUCACAUACCUUGAUGCUCUCGACCGACUGGCUCUUAGGGGCAAGCAUCUUAUGGAGACAGUGCUGUCUCCUGUCGGUGAACGUCCACUGGAAAUAUCUUCUGUAGUGGAUAAUGAAGAACACGAGAGGCUCAGUCCUAUAUGA